AUGGCAGUGAGAAACUUUACCAAAGAUAUCAACCAGAAGGAAAUAGAAGAACUGCUUUGUUCGUCCCAAAUGAAUAUCACGGGAGAAGUACACAACCAACUAAUCUUUCUCUCAGUUCUUAACACCUUUUUAUCCAGUACUGCAAUUCUCGGUAAUACCUUGAUCCUUGUUGCCCUUCGCAGAGAUUUCUCGAUCGGUUCGCCGUCCAAACUCCUGUAUCGCAGCCUAGCGAUUACUGACCUCUGCGUUGGUGUCAUGGCAGAGCCUGCAGAUAUUGUUUAUUGGAUGUCUGUGGUGAACAGCAAAAAUAAUAUUUGCUCUUAUGCCAACGCAGUAAGCUUUUUCACAGGUUACAUUUUGUGCUCAGUGUCCUUGGCUACUUUGACUUCAAUAAGCGCGGACAGGCUUCUUGCCCUUUUGCUUGGGUUGAGGUACAGACAAAUUGUAACUUUGAAAAGAACAUAUAUAGCGAUUAAUGGAUUCUGGAUUUCAUCUAUUGCCGGCACGGCAGUUUUCUAUUGGUAUCCUGCAGGCGCAUGCAUGGCUUUACAUUUGUUUACCUCUCUGUCUUGUCAUCACAGCGUCUGCUUACACAAAAUUUUCCUCACCUGCGUCGUAACCAAAUUCAAGUACAGAGUCACGUGUCCGGAGCAAUUCCAAACCAGGCGUCUCCACUGA